AUGUGGUUUGGACAUAACAAACUGCGGCCUCUAGCACUCUAUGACACGGACUACAUGGGGCACGAACCUCGACCCAUCCGAACAAAGCUCAUCGAGCGAUAUAAAGAUCAUCAAUCAAAGUCGACCGACAUUGCCGACGUUGAUCUGAUCGACCGCGUCGAGUUGGCAACGAUGCCGCGCUACCUCAACAUGCAGUUCAACCCAGUCAACUUCUACUACUGCUACGCACGUGAUGGCAUUCUGCUGCAGGUGGUCGUCGAGAUCAACAAUACAUUUGGCGAGACUCAUUUGUACUUCCCUCAGGUGACGUCGCGGCCACAGGGCGUUGUUGGCGCGAAUGGUGACGGCGGCGAGAAGGACAGCCACUUUGAGCGUGGAGUCAAUCGAGAGCGAUACCUCCAGUUCGCUGUGCAGGACAAGGACUUCCACGUCAGCCCAUUCAACUCGCUGGAUGGCUCGUACACGUUCUGCUUCUCCGACCCGCGCGCAUGCUUUGACAUUCGAAUCAUCUUGCUCUCAAAGUUGGACUCUACCUGCUUGGACGGCAAGAACUCGCCAAACUCGCUCACAUGCUCAGAGACAAACAUGAUACUGUCCACGCGUCUUUGGUCGCCCCACGCCUCACUUUCACUCAGCAACGCCAACCUCUUUAGGUUGGUGACCGGAUACCCAGUCACAACGCUGCUUACAUUGCCGCGAAUCAUGUACGAGGCUGGACGACUGCACUAUCGCAAGCGACUACAAGUUUAUGCCAAGCCCAACCCACCAACCAACAACACACCGAUCAUAAUCGAAUGCUCGCCGGCACAGCGCUUCAGCCAGAGGUGGCUGUUUGAGUACCUUGCCACGUUCCCCAAGGGCGUGUUUGUGUUUCACAACCUGGACGGAACGUCCACCACCAUUGACUGCAGCGGCAACCUCGAGAUGGCCAAGGUGCCCGUGCCAGAGAACCUCUACUCCGACUCAACCAAGCCCAUCACUCUACACAUCAAGUCUUUUGAGUUCUACUCAAAGCUCUAUCUCUUCCACACCAGGCAUCCGGGACUGAGUGCCAAGGCACUAGGCAUGGCAUUCAUGGCUGAUGAAUUCACUUGCGAUGAUCUGCCAUCAUUCCUGGCACUUGUUUGCGAUCUUACAGUUUCGAGUCGCGCGCACAAGUCCAACCCUGUGUCAAGUCAACAACAAACGGAUGACCAAUGGGGAUGGAUACAUCACAUGAUCAAUCCAAAUGUCAUGAGCAAGUACUUCUUGGAUCAAGGCUCAAUGAUGACUCAUUGUGGACACUUAGAGACAAUAACAAAGGAGAAGCAAGAGGGUGCUAGCGAGGACAGAGAUAUCUUUAAUUGUAAAUUGGAAGAUGAUAACAUUGACACAUUAUAUAUCAAUAGUCUCAAUCAAUUGGUUGUGGACAAGCUCAAUUUGUACAAGGACGAUCACUUGCUGGAGUUGGAGCCAGGUUGGGGAUCAUUCACAUUAUACGCAGCCAAGAAUAUUGGAUGCAAGAUAACUGCAAUCACUCGACAUGAUCAUCAUCAUCGACAUCUCUUGGCAAUGAUCCAAAAGGAGGGGCCACACUUGGAGGAGUUGGUCACUGUGGUACUUGUGUCCAACAAUGAUGUCGAGUACAAGACACCGGCGAGUGUCGUCUACGACAAGAUCUUGUCACUGGAGGGCGAGUUCCAUCAGAGCAUGACAAGCCAGAUGCUUCUGGAAAUGUGCAAACAAAGAGUUAGACCUGGAGGCCUGAUCUUCCUUCAGGCUAUCACUGGACCCUACCAUCCUUAUCAACAAGGAGACAUCAAACCGACCAAACCACUCAGUUGGCAUCAAUUGUACGCGUUGAUGCGUGUGCACCUUGAAAGCCGUAUUUGGGGCGCCCUGGCCACAUUCGCUCACAACCCAUUCCUGUUGGAAGCUCGAUACCAAGCACUGUUGGGCACACUUGGCCAAAGAGGAUUCGUCAAUGGACACUCCUCGACAAAGGCACCAUCUUCACCCGAUCACAGCGACAUACCAAAUCUGUCCAAGGACGCCGUGGACCUGUUGACAUCGCGCUACGCUUACGAAUUACAACUGUUAGAGAUGGAGAAUGUAGGCGAUCACUAUCCACCAUUGUUUGACUACUGGCAACGUAGACUGGCAUCCAACAAAUCAAAGCUGAUCACUGAUAUGCAGCAAGAGGCAAUGUCCAAAGGAUGUCUGCUCAAGAUGAAUGAGGCAGAUCUUGGCGAAAUACCUCGAGCCAUUCAGUUCCAUCAUCACUACCUCACUGCCUGUUUCAAGUCCGUGUGGUCAGUAACCAGAUUGCUUGUUUCCAAGUUCGAAUAA